UAGAUGCUGUUUUAAAUUUAAAUAACCGUCAGCCGGUUGUAUCGCAGUGGAAAGACCGCCAGCUGUGAAAUGAACAUGUAAAAAAUACGCGCCUUACCACUUUUUGUCCGCAUAGUAUGCGUAAUAUGUAUAUUGCGUAAUCCGUUUAUAGCGCUUCAGGCGUUUCACCUAAUGAAAAGCUACAUUCAAAGUUUCAUGAUUUGUUAUUGCUAUCAUAAAAAGGUAAUGCGCUUAUUUUGUACAUGUUCAUGCGACCAGCUGACGCUCUUACCACCGCUAUAUAACCGGCUGACAGUGUUUUAAAAUAACAAUAGCAUCUGAACUAUCAUAGAACAAAGUAUCAAACGGGAGGCGAUUACAUUUUUUUUACGUGUUUCGGUGGCUUCCAUUCCUCAACCCACCAACGGAGCGGUAGCUGACGUCGACGAUGGUUCAUCAUAUGUAAGUGGUUAACUGCUAUGUAGCAGUUCACCACUAUACAAGUUUUCGCCCGAGAGGCGAUUGGUCAUGUUAAUUUGUUCCUGGCUCGCGGUCUAUGUGUUGCACAACAUUCUGUUAAAAUAACUUCAGAUAAUAUUUGAUAUUAUCAUAUCAGAUUUUGUUCUAAUAAAAUAAAUUAAAAAAUAUUGUUAUAGGCUUCUUUGCCUCAUCCAAAAUUUGAUGAAAUCUUUGAGGCAUACGACGACUCGGCACUCUGUCCCCAACUAAACGACAACACUAACACUAUAACUGGGACUUUGGACUGCCUCCACCUCAACGUGUUCACACCCAACUCUGCUACGUCCCUGAACCUCCUCCCAGUCUUGAUCUACAUUCAUGGAGGUUAUCUGCAAAGAGGCGCAUUUGGCCGAGGAACUUAUGGACCAAAAUUUCUCAUGCAACACGAUAUCGUGUUGGUAACAAUCAAUUAUAGAUUAGGACCUUAUGGCUUCAUGUGUUUAAGUACUCCGGAGAUCCCAGGAAAUCAGGGACUAAAAGAUCAACUGAAAGCUUUGAGAUGGAUUAAAGAUAACAUUGAAGCCUUUGGCGGGGAUCCUAGUCAAGUAACUAUAACGGGACAAAGCGCAGGUGCUGCUGCUAUAGACUUCCAUUUAAUGUAUCCAGGAGAAAGAUUGUUUAAUAAGGUUAUACUGCAGAGUGGUGUAGCAUUAACUCCCGAAAGAAUGAUUGAAUUGGACAAUGAGACACCUAUAAGGCUAGCUGAAUAUUUCGAAUUUAAAACUAGUGAUUUGAAUGACGCCUUAACAUUUCUAGCUACUAAAGAUACUAAUUCAAUAAUAGAAGCGACACUGGAACUUGGCAUUGGUUUUAGAGCGUGUGUGGAGAAAGAAUUUGAAGGUGUGGAAAGAUUCAUACCACAGCACCCAGCCACCGCCGACCGGCCGAAUGUGAAAAAUAUCCCAGUAUUAUUAGGAUCAGUUGACAAAGAAUUCUUGGCCUCGUAUGCCGACAAGAAAUCAGAUUUUUUUCAUAACCUCACCAUAUUUAGAGACUCAUUAAAUAAUGUGUUUGAUUUCGGUGACGAUUUGGAGGUAGUACAUCGAAACUUGAGAAACUUUUACGUGGGUGAUCACGUUAUGAGAGAUGAGGACAAAUGGAAAGUGAUAGAUUUCAUGUCUGAUUUUUCAUAUGUUCAUCCUAUUCAACGAGCUAUGAGGAAGUACAGGCAGAACGAAGCGAGUAACAUAUACUUUUAUGUUUUUAACUAUGAUGGUGGUAGAAAUCUUGUGAAGUACAGGGACAACGUGCACGCGCCGGGAGCCACUCAUGCCGAUGAGUUGGGGUAUUUGUUCGACGUCUCUUUUAUUACCGAGGAGCCAUCGCCAGGAGAUCAGGCUGUUAUAGACAGAAUGACAACGAUGUGGACUAACUUUGUCAAAUAUGGGUAAGAAAAUUUGUUAAGUAAAUAUAAAUUUUAAUGACGCCUAAAAGAAAACCGUGAAAGUAAUUCAUACCAAAUACAGUCUAUUCGCAAUACAAGUAUAUACAGGGUGUUUUCAGUCACCUUCAAUAAUUUUCUUUUACUGUGGUUUAUCACCAUGAAAUUGUGAAAAAAAAAUUGGCUGAUGUUGAUAUUUUGUAUGGGAGUGUAUUU